AACUCUGUAUUUCCUUGAGUUGCCAUGUUCAGCUUCUUCUUCAACCUCCCAAACACACUUACUGAACAUUUCUCUCUUUCUCUUUCUCUCUCUAACAGAAGAUGAGAACUCAUGUGGGAUUGAAGCUUUUAUCCACCAUCGUUCUAAUACUAUCGUCAAUCUUCCUCCAUGGAUACUCUCAAUCCGACACCAACGAUGCUGAAGUUAUGUUAGCACUCAAGAAGGCCCUCAACCCGCCACCAGAUCUCGAUUGGUCUGAUCCGAAUCCAUGCAAAUGGACCCGUGUCGUUUGCUCAGAUGAGAAGCGGGUAAUCCGUAUCCAAAUCGGUCAUCAAAAUCUUCAAGGAACACUUCCCGCAAGCCUCUCGAAUCUUACUCAGCUUGAGCGUUUGGAGCUCCAAUGGAACAAUAUCUCGGGUCCUUUACCCACUUUAAACGGGUUAAGCUCAUUACAAGUGUUAAUGCUUAGCAACAACUUGUUUACUUCGAUUCCUGCUGAUUUCUUCACUGGUAUGUCUUCUCUACAAUCUGUUGAAAUCGAUAACAACCCGUUUUCGAGUUGGGUCAUACCCGAAAGCCUCAAAAGUGCUUCAACUCUUCAGAACUUCUCUGCUGUUUCUGCUAACAUAACUGGUAAAAUACCCGAUUUUUUUGGGCCGGAUGAUUUCCCGGGUCUUGUUAAUUUGCACUUGGCUUUCAACGAAUUGGAAGGUGAACUACCCAUGAGUUUAUCAGGCUCACAACUUGAAUCUUUAUGGGUUAACGGGCAGAAACUCGGUGGAAAGAUCGAUGUUAUACAAAACAUGACAUUCUUGAAAGAGAUCUGGUUGCAUUCCAAUUCGUUUUCAGGUCCAUUGCCUGAUUUUUCCGGUUUGAAAGAAUUGGAGGUCUUGAAUCUUAGGGACAAUUCAUUCACAGGUCCUGUUCCUGUGUCUUUAACCAAUCUUGAAUCCUUGAAAUCUGUUGCUUUGACUAAUAACAUGCUUCAAGGGCCCAUGCCUAAGUUUAACAAUUCAGUUAAAGUAGAUAUGGCGAAGGAUACGAAUAAUUUCUGUUUGCCUGAGCCUGGUGACUGUGAUCCUCGAGUUAAUACGUUGUUGUUAAUCGCGAAAUCAAUGGAUUAUUCCCCUAAGUUUGCUAAUAAUUGGAAAGGGAACGAUCCAUGUGCAGAUUGGUUUGGGAUUACGUGCAACAAUGGCAACAUUACCAUUGUUAACUUUCAGAGAAUGGGGCUCACAGGUACGAUUUCCCCUGAGUUUUCAGCUUUGAAAUCGCUUCAAAGACUCGUUCUUGCUAACAACAAUCUCACUGGAACGAUUCCCGAAGAGCUCACCACUCUUCCCGCUCUUACCGAAUUAGAUCUCGCCAACAACAAUCUCUCUGGCAAAAUCCCAGUUUUCAAGAGUAAUUUGGAUCUAAACACAGCUGGGAAUCCCAAUAUCGGAAAGGUAAUCACUAAUUCCAGCGAUCCAAAUUCACCCAACUCUUCAAAUUCGCCAAAUUCAACUGGGGUUUCGCUAAAUGGUAAAAAGAAGUCAAAAAACUGGCUUGGGGUGGUUUUGUUUUCGGUUCUUGGGGGUAUAAUCGUCAUUUUCUUGAUCGCUAUCCUGGCGUUAUGCCUUUACAAGAAGAAGCAAAAGAAGUUUAGCAGAGUACAAAGCCCUCAUGCCAUUGUAAUUCACCCCCGAAACUCAGGAUCCGAUAAUGAAAGUGUAAAAAUCACAGUCGCGGGGUCGAGUGUUAGUGUAGGUGGACUUAGCGAGACACAUACGAUCCAAGCCACCGAAGGAAACGAUAUCCAGAUGGUGGAAGCGGGCAAUAUGGUAAUUUCAAUCCAAGUCUUGAAAUCGGUGACCAAUAAUUUCAGUAAAGAAAACAUAUUAGGUCAAGGAGGAUUCGGGACUGUGUACAAAGGCGAAUUACAUGAUGGAACAAAGAUUGCGGUUAAAAGAAUGGAAUGUGGUGUGAUUACAGGAAAAGGGUUAGCCGAAUUCCAGUCAGAAAUUGCGGUUUUAACAAAAGUUAGGCAUAGGAAUCUUGUGGCACUUCUUGGGUAUUGUCUUGAUGGGAAUGAGAAGCUUCUUGUGUAUGAGUAUAUGCCUCAAGGAACAUUGAGCCGACAUUUGUUUAAUUGGCCCGAAGAAGGGUUGAACCCGUUGGAAUGGACCCGAAGGUUGGCUAUUGCUUUGGAUGUGGCUAGAGGUGUUGAGUAUCUUCAUGGUUUGGCUCAACAAAGUUUUAUUCAUAGGGAUUUGAAACCUUCUAAUAUUCUACUUGGUGAUGAUAUGCGGGCGAAAGUUGGAGAUUUUGGCCUCGUUCGUCUUGCUCCUGAAGGGAAAGGCUCAAUCGAGACACGGAUCGCCGGAACUUUCGGUUAUCUAGCCCCCGAAUAUGCAAUUACGGGGCGUGUGACGACAAAAGUAGAUGUGUUUAGUUUCGGGGUGAUAUUGAUGGAACUUAUCACGGGCCGAAAAGCACUCGAUGAAAGUCAACCCGAGGAAAGCAUGCAUUUAGUAACAUGGUUUAGAAGAAUGCAUCUCAACAAGGACACUUUCCGCAAGUCAAUCGAUCAAACCCUAGACCUAACUGAAGAAAACCUAGCCAGUGUUAGCAAGGCGGCUGAACUCGCGGGCCACUGUUGUGCUCGUGAGCCAUAUCAAAGGCCCGACAUGAGCCAUGCGGUCAAUGUAUUGUCUUCCCUAGUUGAAAUGUGGAGACCUUCUGACGAAAGUUCCGAAGAUAUUUACGGAAUUGACCUUGACUUGUCAUUGCCACAAGCCCUUAAGAAAUGGCAAGCUUUUGAAGGAGGAAGUCAUACAAUGGAUGCUUCGUCUUCUUCGUUUCUUCCAAGUUUGGACAACACGCAGACGAGCAUACCGACUCGGCCUUAUGGGUUUGCGGAAUCGUUUACUUCAUUGGAUGGGAGGUGAUGAGAGGGGUAGAUUUGGAAUUUUAAUUCAUGAUUUUUUGGAGGGUGAUUUUUGGCUUGGUUUUAGGGUGGGUUUGAAUUAUUUUGUGAAUCUUGAGUUCUUGUUGUAAAGUAUGUAACUUUAGAAAGAACUUGUGCUUUUCCAUGUGUAGGGAUUCAAAUGGUCAAUAUUUUAUUAGAAUAGUCUUUUGUAACCUUGGAAAUUUGUGGUGGGGUUUGAUUUUUGUUUUAUUAUUUUAAAUUCUUUCUGUGAUAAGAACAAUAAGAAGGAAGUGCUUUGCCUUG